UUCCUGUUUACAAGCCAAACCCAAGGAAAACUUACACUGGUGAUGUCAACAUCAUGGCACGAUUUAAAGCGCAAAGAGGAGAUUGGUGACAGCUUCACACUGCUGAUUAUAAUAGAGUGAUACUGGGAGUGCACUCGCGAUGGAGCCGCGCGCCGCCAAAAAAGAACUGCAUCAGAGGGUGUUUGUGAACCGGAGUUUGACGCUUGAAAACAUCAAGUGCUAUGGCUUCGACAUGGAUUACACUCUGGCAGUGUAUAAGUCUCCAGAGUACGAGAGUCUGGGCUUUGAGCUGCUCAGGGACAGGCUGGUGUCAAUUGGAUACCCACACGAGCUGCUGGGCUACACGUACGACCCCACCUUCCCCACGCGAGGUCUGGUGUACGAUACCACGUAUGGGAACCUGUUGAAAAUAGACUCCAAUGGAAACAUCCUGGUGUGCACUCACGGCUUUGAGUACCUGAGAGGUGGACAGGUCGAUGAGUAUUAUCCAAACAAGUUCAUCCAGAGAGACGACACUGACCGCUUUUACGUCCUCAACACGCUCUUCAACCUAUCAGAGACGUAUCUUUAUGUGUGCCUGGUUGACUUCUUCACCAAAAACACCAGAUAUAAAAAUUGCCAGAAAGGGUUCAAACACGGUGACUUGUUAAUGUCACACAGAAGCAUGUUUCAGGACGUGAGGGAUGCCAUGGAUCACCUUCACGACACGGGCACUCUGAAGGAAAGAACACUGAAGAACCUGGACAAGUAUGUGAUCAAAGAUCCACGUCUUCCUGUGUUACUGAUCCGCAUCAAAGAAGUCGCCAAAAUGUUUCUGGCCACCAACAGCGACUUCAAUUACACCGAGGCUAUUAUGAAAUACUUACUGGAUUUUCCGACUGGCUCUAAGAACCCCAAGAAACCGUGGCGCUCGUACUUUGAUCUGGUGGUGGUGGACACGAGGAAGCCCAUGUUCUUCGCAGGGGGGACAGUGUUACGACAAGUAGACACGGACACGGGGAAGCUGCGUAUCGGCACAUACACCGGAGAGCUUCAGCAUGGGACAGUGUAUUCAGGAGGAUCUUCUGAUAUUGUCUGUGAUUUGCUGGAUGUUAGGGGGAAAGACAUCCUCUAUGUGGGGGAUCACAUCUUUGGCGAUAUCCUCAAGUCAAAGAAACGUCAAGGCUGGAAGACUUUCCUGGUGGUUCCUGAGCUUGUGAAGGAGCUGCACGUGUGGGCCGACAAAGCCAGUAUGUUUGAGGAGUUAAAACAUCUUGACAUCUUCCUUGCAGAAUUAUAUCAGCAUUUAGACAUUGGAAGUCAAGAGUGCCCAGAUAUUAGUGCGAUUCAGAACAGGAUAAAGAUGGUGACGUACGGCAUGGAUCUGUGCUAUGGGAAAAUGGGCAGUCUUUUACGCUGUGGUUCCACAAAAACCCUCUUUGCCAGUCAGUUACUGCGCUAUGCGGAUAUAUACUCUACCUCCUGCCUCAACCUCCUAAACUACCCCUUCAGCUACCUCUUCAGAGCCCCUCUUGUCCUGCUGCCACAUGAGGCCGCUGUGGAGUCUCAGACUAAAGAGCAGAUGGCAGAGCUGUCGGAGCACAUGCUCAAAACCACCAACAUCAAGCGGCAAUGUGAGUGUGACAGCAGUGACUGUGGACGAGAUGAUAAUUGUGCCCGAAAUAACCCGGCUGCAUCUACAGAGACAUGAGGAAUGAUAUGUUUUCUUAACUGCUGUAAAUAUUAACUUUUUAUUUAGUGUGUAUGUUUCACUUUUACAGUUUCCAUUCCUGCCUUAAAACUGUGUAUUGAUACACAGCGCUUGUGUGGCUGAUUUGCAGUAUUAGCUCGAGUAAUAUUCCACUUCUGGCAGAUAAUUGUGAUUAAACGGAAUUUGCCAAGUUUUUUUGUGAUGUCAUGUGAAGUUAAAAGCGUUUGUGUUGUUAUUUGUAAAGCAAGAGUAAAAUCUUUAUUUAACCAUUUUAUAAAACUUUUAUAUUCUGUGUAUUUAAUUAAGACCUUUGAUAGAAGUAUUUAGUCUUUUGCAUGUCAGUCAAUGCAUUAAACUGGUUUGCAGGAUUUUGAGGUCUCAAUGGUCAAAUGUUUUUUUUUUGCAUUUGUCUAUCAUAUCUCCUCACACGUGAUUGAUUCCUAUACAAUAAUGCAGGGAUGUGCAUAUAAUAACAAAUUAGUAACUUUAAAAUUGUUUCUAUGUUUUGCUAUUUAUGCAGUUACUAUUUUUCAUAAGCAUAUUGAAAUGAAAUAAAGUGCUUUAUUUUAGUCUUC